GUGUCCUCUUUCUGUCUACAACACGAUCUACUUUGCUGUAAAUCGUCGCUGGAAUCUCCUACAGCCUACACUUCGAUUUCCUCCAACUCACCGCCAACAUGAUUCUCCGACCAUUGGCAAUCGGAGCAAUCUGUCUCUCUGUUGCCAACGCCCUCACACCCUCCGAUAUCCCCUCCGAUACGCCAGUUUCGCAGCUGAUCGCUUCCGCCAAUGCCCACCUCUCGCAAGGCAAAGCACAAGACGCUCUCACCUACUUCGACGUCGCCAUCCAACGAGAUCCCAGCAACUACCUGACCAUCUUCAAACGAGGCGCAACCUACCUCUCCCUGGGAAAGAAUGUCCAAGCUAGCCGUGACUUCGAUCAGGUGUUGGCGUUGAAGCCAGGCUUCGAGGGAGCUUUGACACAACGUGCAAAGAUCAAGGCACGGAAAGCAGACUGGGCGGGAGCAAAGGAAGACUACGUGGCUGCAAGGAAGCAAGAGUCGCAAGAUUACCUUGAUCUUGAGGAGGCAGAAGGCGCAGAAAAGUUGUCCGCGGACGCAGAGAAGAACAAGGACUGGGAGGGUUGUGUGACCCACGCUGGUACCGCUAUCCUCGUCGCCGGAACAUCAUUGGAGCUUCGUCAACGAAGAGCAAGAUGUCGAUUCCAGAAGGGAGAGAUACAUGAGGGCAUUGCCGAUCUACAGCAUGUCGUGCACAUCAAUCCAUCUCUCACGGAGCCGUACCUCCAAAUGUCAGCCAUGACCUUCUUCUCCCUGGGUGAGCCUGAGAAGGGUACUGCGGCGAUCUCGAAGUGUCUCCACAACGAUCCGGACAACAAGGCCUGCCUCAAGCUUCGCAAAAGUGAGAAGUCGAUCGAGCGAACGCUCAAGAAGAUGAACACUUUCCUGUCCAAGCGUCAAUACAACUCGGCUUCGAAGCUUUUGGUUCCUCAACCCGACGAUCAAGGUCUUCUCGAGGACAUCAAGGUCGCCACAGCUGAAGAGCGAGCCGCUGGGAACAUUCACCCCAACGCACCCGCGGGCCUGUACAACUCUCUCGUCGAAACAACAUGCAGCGCCUACUUCGAAAUGAAGAACCUCAAAAAGGCUGCACCAUACUGUACCGAGGCCCUCACGUACGACCCUCACUCCCUCCCGGCCCUCCUCCACAAAGCCUCCACCGAACUCGACGCCGAAUCCUACGACAUCGCAAUCAACACUCUGAACCUCGCCAAAGAGCACCAUGGCGCGACUUCCGCCAUCAACGACCUUCUCCAGAAAGCUCACAUGGAGCUCAAACGCAGCAAACAAAAAGACUACUACAAAGUUCUCGGUCUCGACAAAGACGCCGACGAACGCGACAUCAAGCGCGCCUGGCGCAAACUCACCAUCAUCCACCAUCCGGACAAAGCGGCCAAGAACGGCGUCACGCAAGAGGAAGCGCAGAAGAAGAUGAGCGCUAUCAACGAGGCGUACGAGGUGUUGUCGGAUCCGGAGUUGAAAGCGAGAUUCGAUCGCGGAGAGGACCCGAUGGAUCCGCAGUCUGGACAAGGUGGGAACCCGUUCCAAGGGAGUCCGUUUGGCUUUGGGCAGGGCGGACAGCCGAUCUUCUUCCAGCAUGGUGGUGGUGGUGGGGGUGGAGGAGCGAAGUUCAAGUUUCAGGCGGGUGGAGAUGGAUUUCCGUUUGGAGGGGUCGUACACAACGACCUCGGCGCCGUGCAUCCUAAAGUGCUGCCUAAGAAAGAGAACACUUUGCACAUGCUGUACGCGCUGCGGAAGUGA